AUGGGUGGGCAAACCCCCCUUGCAGCGGCCCGUUCAACGGGCUUCGGGGCAAGCACCCUCUUGGACGAACACGACCAGCUGCAACGAGGGUUGAAGAGUCGUCAUAUUCAAUUCAUGGCACUGGGUGGCGCCAUUGGCACCGGUUUAUUCGUUGGCUCAGGGGCCAUUCUCGCCCUCGUGGGCCCUGCACCGCUGUGGCUGGGUUAUCUGAGUAUGAUGGCUGUUGUCUGGGUCGUGAUGAAUGACCUGGGAGAGAUGGCGACGUACCUGCCCCUGAAGGGAAUUUCCAUCCCCUACUUCGUGCAUCGCUUCCUCGAUCCGUCUUUAGCCUUCGCGUCGGGGUGGAAUUACUGGUACGCCUACGCUAUUUUGGUUGCGGCUGAGGCGACAGCCGGGGGGAUCCUGCUGGAUUACUGGGAGACUCCAGUGCCGGUGGCCGCGUGGAUCACGAUUAUUCUUGUUGUCAUUCUGAUUCUCAACAUCAUCGCUGUCGAGGUCUUUGGAGAGGCUGAAUUCUGGUUUGCCAGCAUCAAGCUCAUCACCAUUGCCGGCCUCAUUAUCCUGGGCAUCGUGCUCAUGGCCGGCGGAGGACCACAGCAUGAGGCGUUGGGUUUCCGGUAUUGGAAUAACCCGGGGGCUUUCAAUGAGUACAUGACUACAGGGGCGACGGGUCGCUUUCUUGCAUACUGGACGGCCUUUGUGCGGGCUGGUUUCGCGUUCAUCACCAGCCCCGAACUCAUCGCCCUCGCCGCAGGCGAGACCGUUGCCCCCCGCCGUAACAUCCCCAAGGCCGCGCGGCGGUUCGUGUGGCGUCUUGCGAUUUUCUACGGUCUGUCGAGUCUGGUGCUUGGAUGCAUUGUUCCGAGCACCAACCCGCAACUGUUGUCGGAGACGAGCGAUGCAUCUGCCAGUCCUUGGGUCAUUGCCAUUCAACAUGCCGGUAUCGGCGGAUUGAACCAUGUCAUCAACUUCGCCAUCUUGACUUCCGCCUGGUCAGCUGGCAAUGCAUUCCUGUACUCCGGGUCUCGCGUUCUGUACAGCAUGUCGCUGUCCGGCCAGGCACCCCCAUGGUUCGCCCACACAACCAAGAACGGAGUUCCCUACCGUGCCGUUCUCAUCACCUGGGCGAUUGGACUGUUGUCCUACCUCAACGUUAGCAACAACGGCGCUGUUGUCUUCGCCUGGUUCUCAAAUAUUUCCACAAUCAGUGGAUUUAUCGCCUGGAUCGUAGUGUUGACCACUUAUCUGCGAUUCCGAUCCGCCAUGGACUCCCGAGGACUGCUGCCGAGUCUCCCAUUCCGGACACCGCUUCAGCCCUACGCGACUUACGUCGUGCUGUUCCUCAUCAGUCUUCUGACACUCACAAACGGUUUCCAGGUCUUCUUUCCUUCGCAGUGGAGCGUCUCCGACUUUUUAGCUGCGUACAUCACUAUUCCUAUUUUCUUGGCCUUGUACCUGGGCCACAAGGCUUUCCACCGUACUCCGUUGGCGAGGAGGCUGGAGGAUAUUGAUGUGACUACGGGUGUGAAGGAAAUGGACGAGCUGGAGGCAAUGGAUGAGAUACCGGUCGCGAAGAAUGUGUGGGAGAAGAUUUGGUUCUGGAUUGCGUAG